CCACGUAUCACCUGCGGAGGCUCCGCUGAGGGGGGGAGGGCGUGAAUGUACGACCGAGGCUUCCAGUACUCACCGGGUCGCCGUUCAGGCGCGUAUCGUAGCGUGUAUGUGAUUGUGUUAUCAAGUUCACUAUUUUAAAACUACCAAACGAUCAAUUAACAAUUUUUUUAUGAAGAUGAGGUACUGACCGGAAAUGGCAAUGCGGAGUGGUGGCGCAACAGCGGGGGGAAGAUCCCGAGGGGGGGAUUCGCAGGCAGCGCGGGCAAUGGAUGAGUUCGAGCAGUUAGCCGGUCUUCGGGGUAGGGCCGUUUAUGUUCUGGAACAUUUGGCAACGUUUACCGUGACCAGGGAGACGGGUAUCGUCUACCCAGCUGAUGGCAUGAGACGACUGCUUCAGUUGGAGAAAACAAACGGAAUAUGGAGUCAAAAGAUGCAGUUAUCUCUCGAGGAUCAGUGGGUUCUAGUUAUGGAUUAUGAGACUGGGUCCAUAAUGGAGCGUUUCCCAGCCAACUGGGUACACUCCCCAACAGCCUUCACGUCGCCAGAACCUGCUGAGCUCUACAACAACGUGUUGGCUUUUGUGGUAGGGGCCCCAGAGAGUGGUGGUGGCUCCCCUGGCGGCUCCAGGCGGGAGUUACACAUCUUCCAAUGCCAUGAUGUCAGUGCACAGACUCUUGUCGAAGAAUUAAAUGCUCUUAAGGGUAUAGGCAGCGGUGGCUCAGAAGGUGGUCGAGACUUCGUGAUCGAGCGGGAAAGAGAAAGAGAGAGGGAGACAGAGAUUGACAGACCGAGGCGACAGCAAAUGUCAGCACAACUGGGCCGCGAUCGCGGUUCAGCGGGAGAAAGAGAUGACGCUUCAUCCACCGGCUCUGAACGCCUCUACGAGCAGGACAUCGCAAUUUUAAAUCGUUGCUUUGACGACAUAGAAAAAUUCAUAGCGCGGUUGCAACACGCGGCAGCCGCGUCACGUGAAUUGGAACGUCGGCGACGAUCUAGGGGGGGAAAGAAGGGGACGGGGGAGGGGAUGCUCGCUUUACGGACCCGUCCACCCCCCGAGAGAGACUUCGUAGACGUCCUACAGAAGUUUAAGCUGUCUUUUAAUUUGCUAGCGAGACUACGCACGCACAUACAUGACCCGAAUGCACCGGAGUUGGUGCAUUUCCUUUUCACUCCGUUGGCCUUGAUUGUCGAUGCGGCGCAGGAUGUGGCAGAUGGUAGAUUGCCCUCACGGGUAAUACAGCCUUUGUUGACGAGGGAUGCGCUCAAUCUAUUGGCUAAUUGUGUGACCAGUAAAGAGACUGAAUUGUGGCAUUCGCUUGGGGACGCUUGGUUGAUUCCGAGAGAACAGUGGAAGACAACUAUACCACCAUACCAGCCAGUUUUCAUGGAUGGCUGGACGCCAGACUACCAAGUGGACGAUCAGCCCCUAAGAAGACCGUCACCACGCCGCAGUGAAGGAAGAGUAGAGGAAGCGGCAGCGAUUGCGGCGGAAGGGUACGGGUUUGAAAGAGAUGAACCAGAUAUAUAUGGGGAGAGGGAAUACGCACCUUUCCCAAGGAAUACCCGUACAAGAGCAGAGGAUUCAGAAUCGGCUGCUUCUUCCCCGGAAAGAGAGGCACAGUAUCGCCCUCCUGAAAGAGAAAGGGAUGAUGAUGAUCUGGGUGAAGCCUGGGCGCAAGGUGUGGCAGCACGCGGUGGUCGCGUGGUUCGUGUGACUUACCCACGAACUGCUAACAAUGAUAAGGAACUUACUGUGGUUCGCGGAGAAUAUCUUGAGGUGCUGGAUGACUCGCGGAAAUGGUGGAAGGCCAGAAACCGGCGGGGUGUGACCGCACAUGUCCCGCACACGAUCGUUGCACCCGCUAUCACCCCACCCUCUUCGCCUCACCUGUACCCCAACCCCAUCUAUACGCAUUAUCAGGAGGGCACAAGUGGGGGACGCGGUUCUGGCGGAAGCAGUCCCACAGUACCAGCGGAAAAACCAAUUCCCCCUCCGCCCCCUCCGCCACCGCCCCCGCCCGAACCGCCGGUUGCUCCGCCGCCGCCGAAAACUGAUACUAUGAAAUCUACUAAGUCUGUUAUGAGUACCAGCAGUGGUCUUCACGAGGAGCUGAUGGCUGUAUUGCCACAGAUUCAACGUAGACUCGAAAUCAAGAAGACUCCAGACAUUUUCAUACAUCAGAAAUCGAAUCCAGAUGAAGUGUUAUCAUGGUUAGAAGCAAAAGGCUUUAGUCGGACUGCUCAAAAACAACUGCGUGUAUCAGGACACCAGCUAUUUGCCCUCUCCAGAGCACAACUUGAAAGAGUCCUGGGGGCUGAUGAAGGGAAACGACUUUACAGCCAAGUACUCGUCCAACGUAAUAUUUCUGGGGUGGUGUAUCUGCGAGCAGUACAGAACAACAUCUGCAUCAGAGUUGCAGAGUAUCCUUCGGAAAGUACGGGAGAAAGUGGAAGUGACCUGAUCAAGGAUAAAGCAGACAAACAAUUGGACUACACGUGCAAUUCCUCUUAUUGUUAAAUUUAUUUUAAAACAUAUUUCACUGAAUUAUUUUUUUUUUAAUUUUGAUACUACUUAAGUGUUAACAAUACAAACUUGUUAUUAUUAACUAAAUUUAGUCUGCAAAGAGCAAUAUUGGCCUGGUGGCUUUAGCCCUAAAGUCGUAGACGAAGUGACGUCGUUCUUUCCCCGUCUGUCCAAUAAUAAACUUUCUUCCUAUGGGCGCAUGCGUGAAAUAAACCGGCUUGCCUUAGACCUAAUUAGUCGACAGCGUCAGGCACAUGUGGCUGAUCACCUUGCUCAACAGAUUGAGAAAUGUUCCCAGCCCUAAAAAAGUUGUAACGCCACUGAUUUAUUUUAUUUGAAAUUUAGAUAUUAAGACUAACAGUUAUUGCUUUGAUGGCAUCCGAUUCUAGAUAUACAAAUAAAUAUAUUAUAUUUGAAAAUAUGACCUAAGGAUCAAGUUAUUAAAUAUUGGAAAUACUAGCUUUUUUUUAAAAAUACAAGUAGUUUUGAUCAAUGUUUCAUACAGUUUCCUCGUUUUAUAGUCUAGUGGAAUAAUUUCUAUUUCAUUGACAGGUCUUCAUAUUUUAAUAUUAUUUAGACAGCAAUCUCCGAUACUCCUGAAUUGUUUUUCGUAGUAUUAAUACAAACAAUCACCUUUAAUAAUCUACUAAUAUUAAUUUUGUAUUAAUAAUAAGCUUUUAUUCAUACACAUGUUAUUGAUAUAGAUUUAACAAAAAUAUUUAUAAAUCAACUACUGUUUUUGAUUAUUAUAAAAUAAAAUACUAAUACAGAUAAUGGAUUAUCUUUGGGAUCAUCCACGCAUCAGAUACUUUAUGUAUGAAUAACGAAACUCAAAUGUUACCUUUAUAGAAAAUUAAGAACUAUAGUGUAAACGUUAAGAUAACUGUUAUUUUAAAUUAAUAUACUCUUUCUUACUGAA